AUGUUAAAAUUAUUUAAAAAUUUUAAUCAAUGUAAUAAUAAAUUAAAUUUAAAUUCAAAUUUAUUAAAAUAUUAUACAAGUAAAAUUAAGCAAAUUGACCAAAAUGAAAUUAAUCAACAACAACAGCAACAACAUAUUAUUGUUAAUCAAAUUAAACCAAGAAUUGAUUUUCAAUUUAUAAAAGAUAAUGAAAAUCAAAUUAAAGAAAAUAUUAUAAAAAGAAAAUCACCAGUUGAAUUAGAGAAAUUAAUUAAAAAUUAUGAUGAAUAUAGAAUUAUAAAGAAAGAAUUGGAUACAUUUAGAGCAAAAAGAAAUGAAAUUGCAUCAAAGAUGAAAUUAAUGAUGAAAGGUGGUGGUGAAAGUAAUAAAAAUGAUAGAUUGGAAUUAGUUGAACAAGGUAAACAAGUGAAAGAGGAUUUAAUAGCAUUGGAAGAGAAACAUGAUAUAUACUUCAAUGAGAUCACAAGUGAAGCUUUGAAAAUACCAAAUAAUACACACCCAUCAGUGCCAAUAGGAGCAGAAUCCAAUGCAAACAUUAUUAAAAUGGUUGGUGAGAAACCAAAUUAUUUAAAACCAGAUGAACCAAUUAAAGAUCAUUUAGAGUUGGGUGAGAGUUUAGGAGUGAUUCGAUCGGCUUCAAAGACCACCGGUCAUAAAUACUACUAUUUCACAAGGGAGGGUGCCAUGCUGGAAAUGGCGUUGUCCUAUUGGGCAUUUUCUAAACUAACUUAUAAAUACGGAUUUCAGUCUGUGAUAACACCAGAUUUGAUUCACCCAAAUUUGGCAGAAGCUUGUGGGUUUCAUGCACGUUCAGAUGCUGACCAAUUGUUUUGGAUUAAGGAUAGGGAUCUUUGCCUAUCGGCAACUUCUGAAAUCCCAUUAGCGGGUAUGUACGCCAAUGAGGAGCCAUUGCAAUCUGCAGAGUUGCCUAUUAAAAUGGUGGGCUAUUCACACUGUUUCAGACCCGAGGCUGGCAGAGGCUUGCAAAAUAAGGGCAUCUAUAGGGUACACCAGUUUAGUAAGGUUGAGAUGUUUAUCAUUUCAAAACCACACGAAUCUAAUGAGAUUCUUGAGGAACUUUUAAAAAUUCAAAUUGAAUUAUUCAGUGAAUUAGGUCUACAUUUCAGAGUGCUAGAUAUGCCAUCUGAAGAUUUAGGUGCACCAGCAUACAGAAAAUAUGAUAUAGAAGUUUGGAUACCUUCAAAACAAGAAUAUGGUGAAAUCAGCAGUGCUUCAAAUUGCACCGAUUAUCAAAGUAAAAGAUUAAAUAUAAAAUAUCAAUCAACAAAAGAUGAUUUCCAAAUUCAACAAUUUGUUGAAAAUAAUUAUAAAAUUAUUCCAUCACCACAAAUUUUAAAUGAUGAUAAUAAUAAUAAUAGUAAUAAUAAUAAUGAAAUUGAUAAUUCAAUACCACCAUUAUUCACUCAUACUUUAAAUGGUACAGCUUGUGCUAUACCACGUUUAAUUUUAGCCAUUUUAGAAAAUAAUCAACAAUCUGAUGGUUCAGUUUUAAUUCCAAAAGUUUUACAACCAUUUAUGAAUAAUCAAAAAGUUAUUCUCCCUUUAAAUAAAAAAUAA